CUUCUUCACCCUCCCCCCCGAUUCUUCUUCUUCUUCUCCCUCCCUCCCUCCCUCAUUUCUACUCUUCUCCAUCCCCUGCCCUUCCCUGCCCUUUCCUUCACUUAGGGUUUUUCCAAUCAUCAGAUCUCACCCUUGCCCCCCGCGUUUUCUUCCUUCUCUCCUGUUAUCUUUCCUACACGUUAGUGCCUCUCUUCUUUAUGAUGUGCAACUCUUUUUCACGACGGAAUCGUGCGAGGUUCUGCAUGUUCUCUUUUUAUUGUCAAGCUUUUCCUUGAACCUUCAGUGCCAGCCCUGGCUCGCUCUUAAGCUUCGCUUAUGUGGAUCCAUAGGCAUUGCCUGUGAUUCGGAGGGUUUUAAGUAGGAUUUUUCCUGGAGCUCUUGUCGAUGCCAGCGACUAAGCCAGCAUGCAGAAUCAAGGUUUGCCUGGAAGCGGGCAGAUUACUGUGACCCCUACUAAGUCCGAAAGUUACAAGUCUUUAUUUAAGGAGAAGUUUGUGUCACUCUACGAGGAUAUAUUUGCACUGCGGAGCCCGCUUCAAACAGCAAAAGAUCAAGGCAUUCAAGGCCGUGUUACCAUUGGAAGGUUCUGGGAUGAAUUAUUAUUGCUGAAGGUUAACGAAAGCUUUUUGUCACAAUGCAUAUCAAAAUCUUCAGAAGAGCAGCUCCAGGAUAACCUGCGUCCUGUCAUCAAUGACCUUUUCGCAACCUGUGUGAGGUACUUUGAUGAUGAUAAUUUUAUUAGAGUGGCUCAUGCACUCGAAACCCUUUCAAUCCUCCUUCGGGAGAUUUUUAAGAAGCGGUUUAAUGAGCAGGGCUCUACUAUCCUUACAUUGGUGGCAGGUGCUGUCGACAAUGCAGAUAAUUUCUUUAGGCGAUUGAUCAAUAGCAUAGCAGCCCUGCUUGUUAGGGAUGAUGUUCCUGUGCUUGUGAAGUCUCUGGGAAUCAAGGUGUAUUUGACUAUCUUGACAGCGACACCAAACGUUAACACGAAUACCAUAGCUAGUUAUUUUUUUGUUUAUAACGCCUUCGACGGGAUCGCUGCUGUCUUUAAUGUGAAGCUCUCAGCGGAUCGAAGGGAACUUGAGCUGGAUGCUUCUCUUGUUCUCAUCUUAUUACUUCUAUGGAGGGAAUCUUCCAACCCUUACGCUGAACGACUUGUUUCGCCUGCGGCUCCCAUAUUGCCUCUGUUGCACACUGUAGCCUCUCUUUUCACUCCUCUCGAUGAUAUACCUCAGACUGAGAAUGACAUUCUCUCCAGUUCUAGCAGGACUCCAAAUGAUGGAGGACUCCUUGGUUACCUUGGCAGCUUUUUUGGCAUUGGGUCCUAUAUUGGGGAUGCCAGCAGUGAUGGAGUCUCAGGGCUGUCGGGAAGCAAAACAUUAGAUGUUUGGUGGUGCAAUUCAUCUGCUGGUCUCGUGCUUCUGUAUUUCCUCUUCUAUCUGAAUCCAGUGGUGAAAUCAGCUCAGGUUUGGACCUCAACAAGUUUAAAUUAUGCACAAGGUUCAGCUGCUCCUGGGCAAUCUGCUAUUCUUGUGUGGAGCGAAAUUCUAAAGUCCUUCCUCUCCAUCUCGAAAGCAGUUGUGUCUGAACUACCAGCUUCAGGCGUUUCAGGAGUAUUGAGGGCAAAAUUAUGUUUCACUAUUUUUAGAUGCAUGGCGGAAGAUCGUGUGGCAUCGGAUUUCCUCUUGCGAUGUAAUUCUGAAUCAUAUGCAGUAAGCCAGGUGCCCGCAAAUGGCUUGGUAGACAUGCCUUUCGUGAUCCAAUUCAAAAGCAUUUCAAGUCUCCUGCUCGAAUUGGCAUCAAGCGUACUAGCUGUAAAGCCCGAGGGGACUUCCCUCUUGGAUGCUGAUCUGUUCUAUCGCGCAGCUGCCGUCGUGUGUAUCAUCUUGAACAGUCUAAAGACCAAAGGACUGCAGCUCUCGUCUACAAGCGUGAACUGGUUUGCUGUUUGGGAUGGUCUACUAAGGACAUGUGCAUGGUGUGGGGAGGAGAAGAAUUUUCAAAGACCUGGAGUUCCAGAAUUAGCUAGCUUGGCUCUGGGCACUGUGGAGAUGUGCCUAGGCAGCAACCCUGAAAUAUGGGCUGGGGCAGAUGAAACAGAGAGGUUGCACGCUGUUGUCAUGGCUCAUAUCACAUCACUGGAACAGUUAGGACAGACAGCCGCAGCUUCUCCUUACGGAGAAGCUGCAAGGGCUCCUUUAAGAGGUCGUAUUCAACUGGUCAACGUCCUGGCUGUUAAAUAUCACUAUGAGGUUCAAAUUGCUGGACUGGGUGUUCGUGGGCAGCCCACAAUGGAGCAAGCUCUGCUUGGUGUGAGGAAAAAGGGUACAUCGAAUCUCAAGUUGAAAUCUACACAUGCAGGCCCUGGCCACUCAUACACUGAAGGAACAUCUGAUUUACGAAUGCUCAAUAACCUGGCACGUGCUGUGCUGUUUGAGAAUCGAAAGAAGUUUACUGCUGGAACUCCAAAGCAGGAGUUGGAAGCAACGUAGAGGUGCCUGCUAUAUUAUUUAUUGAAGCAACCCGUACCGUCACAGAUAGGAGGUGUCAUAUGAGCGUUCCAGCAGAAGGGGAUUUUCUAGCUCCUGUGAAUUUGAAUGGACUAUUCUCUUUAACCACAUAUUAUCAAUUUACCAAACUACUGUGCUUGUAAGUCCCUGAUUUUGCAUCGCGGAGCUAAGAAUACUUGUAAAUACUCCUGUACUACAAAGUGUAAUACUUGAGGAAUACAAAUCAAAAUAAGGAAAAUCACAGUAGGUAGAACUUGUCUAUCCCAGAGGGGUGUCAGUGCUACCGAAGAUGUGGAGCAGGGCAUGACAUUGGCUGCAGCACCAAAACGAUUUAUAGCCACGAAAACGUGGUAUGGAAUUUGCGAAGAGUGUUUUUGAAGCGACUGUAGAAGUUGGUGCGAUUAUGCUUGGAUGGAACACGAUUAGAGCCCGGCAGUAGAAACGCUUAGUUAUCGAAGUUCGCAGAGAGCUGACGCCCUAAUUUGAUGUUGCUAAUGCAAAGCGUUUUCUUUACAA